GUAUUCGAAUUCGAUUUGUGUUGUGAUUGUGGUUGUCCUGAUUGUCCUCAACAAAAAAUACAUAGUUUUCAGCUUAAUAUCUACAUAUUACAAGAAAUAUAGUAAUAGAUUGGAGAUAUUAAUAUAAAGAGUCAUUGCAAUGGAAAACUCGCGGCGUUUUCGCCGCGGUGCACGCAAAAUAAAGGAUGAACCGUCCUUUGAAUUGGUAAACAUUAAGGCAGAACCGGACGACGAUAGCAAUGACGAUACGGUGGAUUCUAGCCUAGCGAGCAGCACUGCUGGGAAAGCGAAACGACGACACACACGGUCACGAGCCGUGCAGGUCAAACCGGAGGAUAUCGAUGAAGCAGCUACCCCGAAGCUAAUCGUACCGUCGAUUCCCGGCGAAAACGAACCGAUCGACCCGGCACACAGUAAAACUGAGGUUCCACAGUGUCGGCUCUGUUUGCGACGAGUGUCGCGGGCUAAUCUCAAUAUAAUUCUUACCAAACACAAGUCCAAAACGCUUGCAGCGCUAAAAAUCAAAAUUUUUCCGAACGAUGCAUAUCCCUUGGCAUGCAGUAAUUGCCUAAAUCUACUGGAUAUUAUUUUGGACUUUAGGGAAGCCGUGACUAAAGCCAAAAAUCUACUGCUAAGUGAGGGAACGUUUUUAGAGAGUGACGGAUGGGAUGAUUCCGAUUGUGUGGAAGCUAUCGCUAAAUGUCGGACGGUCGUGGAGCAGCACAGAAAUCAAAUUAACUGUAUCUAUCAGAAAUUUAUAAAGCGUGAAAAUGGGGAAUUGGAAACCGAUAAUGCUGAAUAUGUGCAAGACAAUUCUACACACUUGAGUUUGAGUGAUGAUCAUUCGAUAAUAGCUGCUGCAGCUGAAGCAGAAGAAAGCAGUGAAUAUACGGAUUCUGUCAAACCAGAACCUAUUGGUGAGCACGUUGGUAUGACCAACGUCGAGUCAGAACCGGAGUUCGAAAUAGAUUUUAUCGAUGAAGCUGAUGAGUCCGACUUUUCUCCGUCGUCAGAUUCUAACGACAAAGAUUUUGCAUGUGAAAAACCAGCAACAAAAAGCAAAAAGUUAAAAGAAAGUAAAGUGCACACCCCGAAGGUGAAAAAAUCUAAUGAAUCUACGAAAAAAUCGAAGUCUUACCCCAAAAGCAAACAAAAACAGGAGCUUUGCGACCUGUGUGGACAACAGGUAUUUCCACUAGCAGCCGAAGCACAUAAAAAUAGACAUUUAGGCAUCAAACCAUACUCGUGUCCUGCGGAGGGCUGUGAGCUGACGUUCUACAGCAGAAUUAAUCAGACGGAUCACGUGCGACGGAUUCACAGUGCAAAUGGUGUGCCAUCGUACAAGUGCGACAUAUGUGGACGAACCAUACGGGGCGGUAAAAGUGUGUUUAACUACCAUAAGCGCAAGCACCAGCAUAGCAAAUCACACGUGUGCCAAUUUUGCGGGAAGGGGUUCACGUUGCGCCAAUAUCUGAAGCAGCACGUAACCGUGGUGCACACUGAAGUGUUUCCACAUGAGUGCAAAUAUUGUGGGAAAAAGUUUAAACUAAAGUGGAGUAUGUUAGCACACGAAAAAAAUGUUCAUGAAAAGAAAAAUCAAACAUUCGUAACAGUAGAUCAACAAAUUCCAUCAAAUGAUCUGCUGCCAGAUACUGCAUUGGAUUAUGCUUAAUAUGCAGUUUAUCAUCAGGGUUUCUUAGACUGCAAAAGUACAGUGUUCCCCAAAUGAGCCAUGCGGUAAAACUUCCGGUUUCUUACGUACAUCA